CCAUUUAUGGCAAGGUGAACGCGGAAGUACGGUACGUGAGGGUUUUCCACCGGUUCUCACUGCCACCGGCUGACUGGUGCGAGAUGGAGGUGGGCGCGGCGCCUGAAGAUGGUCGGAACGGUCCCCGGGAGCGGCUGGCCUUGGGUGAAGCUGGGAGGCAGCAGCCGAAUCACGAAGUGCGGUCUCAAUCGAGGGCGGACCGGUUUCCAAAACAUUCCUACUGGUUGGAUCUCUGGCUCUUCAUCCUCUUCGACCUGGCAUUGUUCAUCUUCGUGUAUCUUUUACCCUGAAUUGUUUGCCUGUGUCUCCGUUAAGAAGUUGGCUCCUGGAGUGAAUUCUGAAAAGGACUACAAACUUCUUGGAGAAGAAGGGAUUGUGCAACAGAACUUCAAACUCUGAGGGACUUUUCUUUCAUUUUAUAUACUCUUAUUCAUUUUGGGACUACUUUAAAUGGGUAAUUAUCUCACCCAUUCACAUAGCUAAAUUCUUAAAACUAGACUCUGAUGUUUAAAAACUUUUUUCAAACAUCUGAUGGCGUUAAGGAGCUGAGUAUUAAAGUAUUUAUAUGUAAGGGUUUAGUGUAUUAAGAAAUUCAGUAAUGUCUAGCCUGUAACAUCUUAAGGGUUGGCUAGGGCUUAGUAUGAUGCAAAAAUACAGUGAAACAUUAAGGUGAAGUAUUUAAAAAGAAAUCACUCCAAAGCAAGGGUAGGGUUUUGAGAAAAAGGACUUAAGAGCUAUACAGAAAAUGCAGGCCCACGAUGUAGUGGAUGUAAGUACCAGUUUAACUUUUAGGUUAAAUGGUCCUGUUAUGGUUGCCAGGUUGAUACAAUCUCAGAGAAAGUACAGAAUACCCAGCCUUGGAAAUCUAGAGUGCAUAUCCUCUCACCUAGAUGCUUCCUGCCACUCCCUUCUAAGCUUUUGAACUUCCCUAAAAUAAGACUGUGUUUCAGACCUAUUUUUUAUUGUGGUUGCAUUAAGAAUCCUUGUAGCCGGAACAUGUUUUUUUUAAAAAUAACAUUUGUACCUAAAUACUUUAGUAAAGUCAGUAUAUUUACUCAUUUCAACAAAUUGAGCACUUACUCUGGACCAGAGUGGUGAGCAAAAAGGCAAAAAAAUUCCUGCAUUCAUGAAGCUUACAUUCACUUACUUAUCUAAAUGUUAACGAGAAUUUAUGUUCUAGGAGGAUCAGCUAGUAUUUAAUCGGAAAGGUCACACUCUCAAAACUGCUAAAAGCUCUUCAGAAGCCAUUCCUGUUAUCUAACAGAUACUCCUUUAUGUUAAAAAUGGUAGAAAUGGGCUCUUACUGAAAUUGGUGACAUUUGAUACAUGUGAGUUGCCUCAAUAUUUUAAUAUUCCUUCCCAUUAGAAACAGGGCAGAGAUCUGGUAAGCUCUACAUCCUCUCCCUUUUACAAUGGCAGAAUGAAAUCUGGAACUGCUUUUGGAGAAUUUUAGGUGCCUAUUGUCAACUAUGACGUUAAUAAUUAUGCCUUUGGGAAACUGUUGCAUCUGCCUGGAGAGAACUUUUUAUGCAAAGAUUGAAGCAUCUAAAGAAACAGAACUGGGAGUUCACUGACUAUACCAAAUAUGAAUGAUUUUUCUGCUGUUUGCUAAUAAUUUGGUUCAAUAAAUGUUUAUUAUAAGAUUAAA